AUGGAAUGUUGUUCAUAUUUCAGGUAUUAUAAAUUUACAUUAUUAUCGUCAACACAACUGUUGAUCGCAAGGUAGAUGACCCGGUUUUAGCUAAUGGCCCCUUUUCGGCAAAUACAUUACUGAACCGUGUACUGUCUUUAAAAUGCUGAAUUCUAAUACCAUUAACACUUGUGAUGUGUCAAAGUUCAACUCUUAAAAUGGCCAAAACUGGGUCCUAAUUUCAAUUUUACCAAAAUCGGCUCGUCUGCUCUAUAGGUUUAUAUAUCUAUUGCAGAUAAUCAACACUUUGACUUCAUAAUUGUCGGAGGUGGUUCUGCUGGGUGCGUCCUAGCAGUACGUCUCAGUGAAGUGGAAAAAUUUAAAGUAUUGUUAGUGGAAGCUGGAUCCUACCCUCCAGUAGAAAGCAAUAUACCUCAAUUGGCUGGCAGUAUGUUGAUGACAGAUUACGAUUGGAAAUAUUUUACUGAGAGGGAUGGAGUUACUGGUCAAGCAUUAAAAGAUAGCUCCAUGUAUUGGCCUCGGGGGAAAAUGCUAGGAGGAUCUAGCAAUAUAAAUGGAAUGAUUUACAUAAGAGGAAACACGGAGGACUACCAAAAUUGGUAUGAUAUGGGAAAUGAAGAUUGGCAUCCAAAUAUUGUAAAUAAAUAUUUCAAGAAAGCAGAAUCUAUUCAAGAUCAAAAAUUAUUACAAGAUCCUUUGAUUCGCAAAUUUUAUGGCAAUGACGGCCCGCUUGCUAUUAAUAAAUUUAAUAGCUCAUUCACAGAAACGCUAGAAAAGGUACUUUCUGCUUACGAAGAAAUCGGAAUAAACAAGGUGAAUGAUCUUAAUGUAGCCAAUGUUAUGGGCUCAGGAUUUAUACCAGCAACAGCUUCAAAUGGAAAAAGAGGCAGCACUGAUCAUAAUUAUUUGAAUCCAGUGCGUCGGUACAAUAGAAAUAACCUUUACGUUAUAACGGAUAGUUUAGUAUCAAAAAUACUAAUAAAUGCCACUACAAAGGCAGCGGAAGGUAUAGAAGUAGAAAGGAAUGGUAUUAGAAUAAAUUUAUAUGCAAACUUAGAAGUGAUCGUGAGUGCCGGAGCUAUAAAUACACCGCAACUACUCAUGUUGUCAGGCGUUGGACCUAAAAAACAUUUAGAGUCAAAAAAUAUUUCGUGUAUUGUAGAUUCACCUGCCGUCGGGCAAAAUCUUCAAGAUCAUUUGAAAAUUCCUUUAAUGAUAUAUAGUAACAAUACCUAUUAUUUAAAUGAAGAAAAUGAAAUUAUCAAGUACAUUCACAAUCAGACAGGUCAUUUAGGCGAUAAUUACCUUAGUGAUAUUUUAGCUUUUUACUCUCUCUCAAAACACGCAACAUAUCCAGACUUUCAAGUUCAUUUGAUCAAUUUUCCAAUAAAUUUUUCUAACACGCCAGAUAUAUUUCAGAGCAUGUUUGGAUUUAGCUCUGAAGUUGUGAAAUCUAUAGCAGAACAGAACAAAUCUAAAAUGCUUUAUGCUUUUUUCGUUUCGUUAUUGCACCCUCACUCGUUAGGAAAAAUUACUUUAAGAUCUUCGAAUCCUAGAGACCAUCCUCUUAUAUAUUAUAAUUAUUAUAGUGAUAGUAGAGAUCUAAACAAAACAGUGGAAGGAUUGAAAAUGUUGGCUAAUCUAGUCAACACCAAAUAUUUUAAAUCAAUUGACGGGGAAAUAGGAAAAUUAGGUUGGACUCCCUGCGACAAAUUGGUUAAAGGUAGUGAUGAUUACUGGAAAUGUUUAUCAUUAAGUAUGUCCACUACAACAUAUCACCCAGUUGGAACAGCUCGCAUGGGGUCUAAUAUAGAAUCAUCAGUUGUAAGCAGUAAACUGAAUGUACAUGGCGUGAAAAAGCUACGAGUUGUCGAUGCAAGUGUGAUGCCAUCUAUAACAAGUGGGAAUACUAAUGCGCCAACCAUCAUGAUCGCAGAAAGAGCAGCGGAUAUAGUAAAAGAUGAAUAUACAUAUGUUUACUUCUGA